CUCAAUGACUGAAUGCUUGCGAAUGACGUGUAUUUGAAACUCAGAGACACUUGACGUGCCAUACGUUACACACAUUUGCUGUGAAUUUGCGGACAAUUAUGUUGAAGGCAGUCAUCCUCAUGGGUGGACCACAAAAGGGGACCCGAUUCCGUCCCCUAUCGCUGGACAGCCCUAAACCCCUGUUCCCGGUGGCGGGCCUUCCGAUGGUCGAGCAUCUGGUGAAGGCGUGUGCGCUCGUGGACGGCAUGAAAGAGAUAAUCCUCAUCGGCUUCUAUCAGAUCCACAUGUUCUCGGCGUUCAUCGAC